AUGGCGUCACCACCACAUAUCCCACAGCUCAAUGUCCCCGGUAGUCGCAAGCGCGGCAGCAUAUCCUCACACUCUGGCGCGCCCACCAAGAAGCGCAAACCCUCCAAUCUCCGCAACGCAUUCUCGCCAGACGCUGAAUCAGUCGGAGGUUCCCCCCGCCAAUACUCGCGUUCACCUUCCGUGGAAAGCAACAUUACUACAUCAGUCGUGAACGGCGCAGGAGGAAAGAAACGGCGGAAGAAGGGUGGAGACGGAGGUAGUGUCGCUGGCUCAAGUAUAAGAGGAGGCAAAGGCGGCGACGGAAGAAGUGCAAUCGGAGGUGAAGACGAAGAUGGCGACGGAGAAGUAGAAGACGACGACGAUGACGAGAUGGGCGAGGAGAUGGGUAUGGAAAUCGAAGGCGGCAUGAGUGUUGAAGCACGAAGGAAACAAGAGAAGGAAUACGAACGCAUGCUAGAAGACUUCAUGACCCCCGCCCAAAUGGACCGCUACGCAACCUACCGCCGUAUUCGCCUCAAGCGCGAAACAGUCCGUAAACUCGUCAAUCAAACACUCUCCCAAUCCGUACCUCAACCUAUCAUCAUCGCCGUAACGUCCUACUCGAAAACUUUCAUCGGUGAACUCAUCGACCGCGCCCUCACGGUCCGCGACGAAUGGUCCGCCGUCCGCACUCACUUGCUCAACCCAAAUCUACCCGGUCCCAUCCUAAGCCAGAGCUUAGUGAGACCAAGCGCUCAUAUCAAGGACGACAGGAAUCGUCCCACCAACUCGGAUAUCACAAGUGCGGGAUGGUAUCCUGGCCAGGUUGAUCGGUCUGAGAGUUUGUGGAAGGAGGCAGAGAAGGAUGCUGGUUUGCAGGAUAGGCUGAAAGCGUGUGAUAAGGGACCACUUACACCGGCGCAUUUGAGGGAGGCAUUAAGGAGAUACAAGAGGGAUCGUGAUGGUGGGGGUGCUGGCUUUGCGGGUAUGAGUUUGGAAGGCGUGGAGAGGACUAUGGGGAGGACGGGCGGGAAGAGAUUGUUCAAGUGA